CAGAUGGGUUGUCCUUGUACAGUAUACAGUAUCCACCUGCACUUCAUUAGAGAGCAGCAUUUGUACAUGCCACACCACAAGAUCAUCAUGAUGACAUAGCAGCUUCAGAGAACAGCGUGACUAGGGUUUUUUUGGUUUGGGGUUUUUUUUCGGGGUUGUUUUUUGUUUUGUUUUUUUUAGCUCUUGUAUCACAGAGGAUCUGGCAACCAGUUACCUCCUGACACUGUUUACAGCAUAUAUUGGUUGAUUCAGUCCUUUAUUGCAUCUGCUCUGGGAAUUAAAGAAAGCAGCUUCAAGGCAGUAAGGGACAAGACAUUUCAAAGAUGCAUCUAAGCUCUCUACCUUUCUUACUGGUAUUGAUCAGUGGCAUUUUCUGCCAAUACAACUAUGAUGUGGGAUAUUUUCCAGACCCAGAUUAUUCUUAUGUUCAUUCAAUGAUGGGGCCAUCUACAGCGGUCUGUGCCCCAGAAUGUAAUUGUCCUGAAACCUAUCCAUCUGCAAUGUAUUGUGAUGACCUCAAAUUGAAAAGCAUCCCAUUUGUACCUUCUGGAAUAAAAUACCUUUAUCUCCGAAACAAUAUGAUUGAGGGCAUUGAAGAAAAUGCAUUUGAUAAUGUAACAGACCUGGAGUGGCUGAUCUUAGAUCACAACCAUUUGGAAAAUUCAAAAAUUAAGGGAAAAGUCUUCUCCAAACUAAAGAGUUUAAAGAAAUUGCAUAUCAAUUUUAACAAUUUGACUGAAGCUGUUGGACCACUUGCCAAUACCAUGGAUGACCUGCAACUUAGUCACAACAAGAUCACAAAAGUCAGCGCCAAUGCACUGGAAGGGCUGGUGAACCUGACUGUCCUUCACUUACAGAAUAACCAGCUGAAAACAGACUCUGUUUCUGGGGCUAUGAAAGGCCUGAAGUCACUUUUAUAUCUUGACUUGAGCUUCAAUCAACUUACAAAGCUACCAAAAGGACUGCCACAUGCUUUACUCAUGCUGUAUUUUAACAACAACCAGAUCACCAACAUUCCUGAUGAGUACUUCCAAGGUUUUAAGGACCUGCAAUAUUUACAUCUGUCUCACAAUCGGUUGACAGAUAGUGGAAUACCAGGCAAUGUUUUCAACAUCUCCUCCCUCGUUGAGUUGGAUCUCUCCUUUAACAUGCUGAAGAGCAUCCCAACAGUCAGUGAGAACCUAGAAAACUUCUACCUCCAAGUCAACCAAAUUAACAAGUUCCCACUGAGCAGCUUUUGUAAGGUUGUUGGAUCACUAGCCUAUUCCAAGAUCAAUCAUUUGCGUUUGGAUGGAAAUAAUCUCACUCAAGCUGACCUCCCAUCGGAAAUGUACAACUGUCUUCGUGUAGCUACUGAUAUCUCACUGCAGUGAGGUGCCUCUGAUUUCCUUAUAAGGGCCAUAACUAUACUGCAGAUUUACACCAACAUAACUCUUUAAAAUUAGGAUGUCUUAACCAAAGUCAAUUUGCAUAUUAUCUAUUCUGUUUGUUAAUAUUUAGCAUGAACCUGGUGAUCCUAACAAAACAUGUUUGUGCAUAGUUUUACAAGUAAUUUCAGUUGUUUGUUUUAGGAAACAAAAAGGGACCCUAUUCAGCCCCCUUCCCCUCCCCACCACCAAGUCUGGCUUCCAAGUUGGAGGAAUAUGAUCAUGAUGUAGAAAUCUGUGUGCAUUCACACACAAGCCCACAAACAUUGGUGUAUGCAUUUUUGCUCAGGUUCUCAUGGAAGUCAGGUGUGUUUUUGGUAGAGUGCUGAAUGGUAAUUUAGGGCUGAACUGUGUAUGUACAAUAUUCACCCUGGUCAACAUUAAUAUUCUAAAUUAUUCACGCCUUUGAUAUAUUUUUAGAAAUUGCAAAAGAAUAGCAUAACACAAUUUAGCAAUAUAAAUAUGAUCAAAUUUGUAUGAAAAUACAUUUUCAGAGCCCAUUUCAAUAUUAAUGAGACAUGAAAGAUUAUGAAGAAACAAGAACAUUUUUCAGGAUUUUAAAAAUUGUUUGUUGUUGUUUUUAUCAUACUUACCUAUAUACUUUCAUGGAGAGGUUGUUGUCUGCUACCAGUAGAAUUGUUAUUUCACAGUAAAUCAUAUAUACAAGUAUUUUUAUUCAAUUACUUGCAUGCUACGUUUAACCAGACUGUAGAAAAUAAAAUAUAGCAAAUAGCUCUGUUGUGUCCAUAUCAUUGUCAAAUAUGCUGCAGUCUUUUAUAAACUUGAAAAGGAAGUUCAGGUUAAAAUGAAAAAUUCUAAGGUAUUAUAUUUUGCUGAAUUUAUUGUAAGGUUAAAUAAACUGUUUUCUGUA